AUGACGAGUAAGUUGUUUGUUUGUUUUAGAUUGAGUCGGGAUGAAACAGACCAAGAAUUUGUUACUCUGGCAGCUCUGCUACUGUGUGGUGAACUGGAGAUCAGAGCAGAUACAUUUCAGGCCAUAACAACCAAAUUAAAGGUUCGAGAGAAACUGUACGGACUAGUUUCAGCGGAGACGGACGGGAUAGUUACAGGAGAUCAGUUAAUUGAACGAGUAGCUACCGCACGUCGGUCAGCUCCCAAGUCCGAGCUGGCGGGGGAUAAUCUGAGAUGGUUGGAGAAGGUGUUCAAGAGGACGGUGGGGGAUCAUGGAGAGAUCACGCUCUCCGACUUCAAAAAUAUCGUCCAGUCCAAAAAUCCAUUUUUCGUUGAACGAGUUUUCCAGAUCUUCGACAAGGAUGAGAGCGGAUCCAUUUCAUUCCAGGAGUUCCUGGAUGCAAUGCAUCAGUUCGCUGGUCAAACUCCAGACGAUAAAAUCAAAUUUCUCUUCAAAGUUUACGAUAUCGACGGGGAUGGAUUGGUCCAGGAGGCUGAGCUCCAGCAUGUGAUGAGAGCCUGUAUGGACGAGAACGGGAUGAAUUUUGACGAGGAUUCAGUGGAGGAGCUGACAGGAGCUCUGUAUCAGGAUGCUACCUCUAGUAAUCAGAAUGGGAUCACAUUCUCAGCAUUGAAAUCUCAAAUCUCUAAACAUGAAGGAUUGUUGGAGAACCUCACUAUCAGUAUUGAUCGCUGGUUAGUUCCCCCGAAACCUAAGAAAAGACAAAUAUUGACAAAUUUGUUUAAUUUGUCUCGAAACCGUCAUCAUCAGUUCUCCUUCACCUACGUGAGGAACAACGCGCCCUUGUUCGCGUUCUACAUCAUAUUCUUCCUUGUCAACCUGGGGUUGAUCAUCAGCAGACUGGUCGGAUACAGACACACCAAGAACUUGGACGGUUCCAGGAACUGGGCUCUCAUGGUUGCAAGAGCAGCAGGUCAAUGUUUGAACUUUUGCUGCACCUUCGUCCUGGUUCCAAUGCUCCGGUUGAGCGUGACUAAACUCCGAGAGAAGGGUUUAAACUAUCUUCUGCCCCUGGAUAAACAUGUUUCAUUCCACGCUCUUACUGGCAAACUUAUUGGAGUUUACAGUCUUAUCCAUACAGUAGCACAUCUAGUCAAUCUAGGGAUGAAUAUCCUGGUUGAUCCUGUUGGUUUCCUUCUGAUCAAUAGAGUUCCUAUACCAGAGCACUGGAGUUCAAAUAUAUCCCUCUCUUCUCCUCCCGUCAUAGCUCUUCUUCCUCCACCCUUCCUGACUCCGGGAGUAAACCUCAGCAGCUCUGGGAAUCUCGCAAACCCGAAUAUUAUUGAUUUUGAUCAUCAAUUCUUUAGUAUCCCCGAGAACUGGACGGUUUGGAGCUGGUUACUCACCUCUACUCCGGGUAUAUUUGGACUACUGCCUGGUUUAGCCAACCCUACUGGAGUAGCUCUAGUUAUUAUCCUCUCUAUAAUGAUUAUCUGCUCCAUGAAGUGGGUUAGGAAAUCAGGAAACUUUGAGAUAUUUUACUGGACGCAUUUUCUGUACUUGGUAUUCUGGUUGUUGGUAAUCUUACACGCUCCAAACUUCUGGAAAUGGUUUAUAGGACCCUGCUGUCUUUUCAUCAUUGAGAAAUGUCUUAGGUUCUACAACUCUUUAUCUGAGAAAGGGAAAAGCUACGUCACUACUGGAGUAGUUCUACCCUCUAAGGUUGUUAACCUGGUGAUAAAACGACCUCCCAACUUCAGUUUUAAACCCGGAGACUAUAUAUUCUUAAAUAUCCCAUCUAUUGCCUACUUUGAGUGGCAUCCUUUCACCAUCUCCUCAGCUCCAGAGCAAGCAGAUACCAUCUCUCUUCAUAUCCGAGCUGUAGGACACUGGACCAACAGUCUCUAUCAGCACUUUGAAAAAGAGCAAGCACGGCAGGACGGAUUAGAAUCUCCGAGAACUCGGAGAACUAGACUCCGAGAGACACUUCAGACUGCGCGCGAGCGUGCGCGAAAGAUUAGCUCCGGUAUCUCCGGAACCAGUACCUAUAAUCUACACAGCCGGCCUGGAGCAGGGGCGUGGCAAGGAGGCGUGGCAGGCCGAGGGAGGAGCAGAACUACAAUGUCCAACCUUUACAACAAUAAUCACAUGAAGAGGAGGGAAACAGUUCUACAGAUGAGCGGGAUAGGAGGAGGAGAGAUGAGAGAGGACGAGGUAUCUACAGAUAUCAAGAUGGUGGCUAGAUCCUACAGAUAUAUGAGAAGAAAACCAACCAUUCUAUCCUACCAACCUCCUAAAGAAAGUAUUGAUGAAAGAGGUGAAGAUGAUCUAUGCUCGUCAAACCAUUUCAUCCUGGAUCGUAUUGCUGAGAAGGAAAGCACUGAUAAUCUUUACAGGUCUGGGGAUGAUUCUGAUAUAGAUAUUAAGAAUGUCAAUAAACCUCUACACGUCUAUAUAGACGGACCAUUCGGAGCUCCCACCAGUCAAAUCUUCCAUGCCCAGCACGCUGUUCUCAUUGGGACAGGGAUAGGGGUCACACCCUUCGCUUCUAUACUCAAGUCCAUUAUGCACAGGUAUUGGGCUGCUAGAAACUCCUGUCCUAAAUGCUCCUACAGCUGGACAAACGACCUCAGAUCAUCAGUCAUGAAUCUCAGAAAGGUUGAUUUUUUCUGGAUCAAUCGAGAGCAGCGAUCUUUUGAAUGGUUCGUUAAUCUGCUCUCACAGCUGGAAAUUGAACAGGCUGAGCAGGGCGGGGCUAUGGAACGGUUUCUAGAUAUGCACAUGUACAUCACUUCAGCUCUACAGAAAACUGAUAUGAAAGCUGUUGGGCUUCAACUAGCUUUAGAACUUCUACAUGAGAAGUCUAAAAGGGACCUGAUAACUGGACUGAAAACAAGAACUAUUGCUGGCAGACCAAACUGGGAUAAAGUGUUUAAGCAGGUGACUGAGACGAGAAAAGGACGUGUAACUGUGUUCUUCUGUGGACCUCCACAACUUGGAAAAGUUUUAAAACUAAAAUGCGACCAGUUUGGAUUCGAUUAUAGAAAGGAGAACUUUUAAACGAGUAAAAAAUGACGAAGAUUUUCUAGUCCUAUAAGUCAUUUUUCUAGUCCUUCUUCCAAGGUCCUUGGGGACUAUGAACGUUGAAACUCUAGUCCUACAAUACCUAUUGAAAAUAGGAUAAACAUAUGUGAUUCAUGACUUUAUCCUUUAAAUUCAUAAUUUUUAAUACAUAGACAAUAGGUUUGAA